ACUUGCACACUCAUUCGUGUGUCGUGCUUCGUACCGAGAGUAACUUGCCGCGCUUGCUUUUUCAAAUAACUGUGCUUACCAUUGAUGGCUACAACAUACAUACCAUAAGACUGAUCUUGAAGCUUGAAUCUGACAAAAAGGUUAAGCAGACUUAAAUUUAUUGUUGCUUUAUAUUUAUAUAAUAAAUAUAUACAUCAUAACAUUAAAGGUAAUUUUACAAGGAUCAUACACAUAUACACAGAAAGUGCUUCAAUGGCGUAUGAAGGUAAUAGAUAUAUUUUGGGUCACGUGGAAGUAGAAGAACCUCUACAAGAUAUUGUCACCGACGAAUUCUCAUGUGCUAUAUUUGAAUGUAAGAUAAGUGAUUGCUCUGAACAGUGCACAUCGUGUAGAUGGUACAAAGAUGGAAAGUGUAUAGAAUCUUCACGUAAAUUUAAAAUAACUUCUAAUGGAAAAUGGCAUCGACUGCAAAUUACAACGACUACAGCGCUAGAUCAGGGAGUAUAUGUAGUUUUAUUAAAAAACUAUUUAGGGGAAGUAUUUUCUAAAGCAAAUUUAUAUGUAAAGCAAAUAAAAGAAAACCACGUUAAUAAUGACGUUUUAUAUUUGUCUCCAAUGGCGAAACGAUUUGAUGUAGUGCAGCAUUUGAGGUUUACAAAAGUAUUAGUAGGAGACACUAUAGAGCUAGAAGCAGUGUUCAAUUGUGAUGCUUUAGAAGAUUACAUAUGGUAUAAAAGUAAUAAUUUAUUAGUACCAAAUAAACGUAUGAUCAUUUUAAACGAUAAAAGGACGACCACACUUUCGAUACUGUGUGCCAAAGAGUCAGAUACUGGUAUUUAUCACGUGGUAUCUAAAUCAGAAUAUGGCGUUGCAUCAAGUUUUGCAAGUGUUGUAGUAAUUAACACCGGCUUAAAUACCUUAAAUACUAGCGAAGUAGUACCUAGCAUAGAUGAGACCUUACCAGAUGAAUUAGAAGUAAAUGAAGGAGAGGACGUAAGACUAAUAUGCAAAGCUUCGUACGAUGUAAACACAUUAAUAUCUUGGUCUAAAAAUGGAGCAAGAAUAGAGGAAAACAAAAAUGUAGUAACAGAGUACUAUAACAACAGAUACAUUAGUUUAAGGAUAAGAAAUACCUGCUUAAAUGAUACCGGCGAAUACUCAAUAGCUAUGCGCGAUAAAAUAACAGGACAAACAGAUUCUUCGGGUUGCUUUUUAACUAUCAAUGAAAUACCAAAGGAAAAACUAUGUUCGGUCCAAGUGAAGAAACCUUUAGAGCCGACUGUAACUUGUUUCGGAACAAGAAUUUCAUUUACCUGCAGUUUUGCCGUAGACGAUCCUAGAUUUUAUUUUGUAGUCUGGUACGUCGGUCAUUUUAGAGUUGAACGAACGAAUCACAGAUUUCAUAUGAUGCACAGCGGAGGAGAAUUCUAUUUAGUUAUAAAACAAGUGGAGCCUGGUAUGGCUAAUGAAGUUAUUUGCGAACUUCGUAAAGCACUACCUAAUAGGAAAUCAAUUUUAAGCAUAAGUACAGCAACGACUCUAACCAUCGUACCAGCUGCAAUCAUUGAAAGUGAAAUAAAACUGAAUAAAAAUAUUACUAGACGAAAUAUCUUCUACAAUAUAAAUGUUAAAUUGGAAAUUCCUAUAAAACAUAAACAUCUAGAUAAAAAUGGAAUUCAUAAAUGCUUAGUUUCAUCAAACGGUGCUAAGGAGACAACCUUUACUUGUGAAAGUUUAAUGAUUAUAACGUUAUGCAGACUAGAUGAUGAUAUUUAUUAUUUGAAUAUUUCAAAUAAUGCUGACGACACACAUGUUGAACGUAUGACUGUCUAUGAAAAAUCCGUUCACGGUCUCUCACCGAAAGUGCUUUCUAAGCUUAUAGUAAUAGAAUGGUUCGACACACAAACAGACAAAUCCAAAAAUGGUUGGUAUCAUAUUGAUAUGGGACACACGAGUGGUAGUUUCGUGCAAGCAGGUGUUUCAAGUUUACCGAUGUUUGAAAUAAAAGAUCCACCGGUAGAACAGAUUAUGAAAUUUCGUAUAAGAGCAGCGACGCCUCUUCCUAACUCCGACGAAUCCAGAGUUUGUAUACUACCAGCUGAGAAAGAGUUGCGAACUUUGAAGAAAAAUUGCAACCUGAGACCAAUGGAAGAUUUUGAAGCAAAGUUUACAAAGACGGGUGAUAUAAUAGGAUGUGGUGCAUUUGGUAGUGUCGUACUUGUCCACGACAAUAAUGGAGAGUUUUAUGCAGCAAAAAUAUUAAAAACUAGGACACAAAAAAAGAGAGACACCGCUCUAAGAGAAUACGAAAUGAUGAGGAGAUUGCAGCAUCCAAAACUUGUUGAGCUUUACGAUACGUUUACAGCGAGGGAAUCUUUUAUUCUAGUUAUGGAUUAUUUGUGGGGUGGUGAGUUAUUCGACAGAAUAGUAGAAGAAGAGCAUAUAAAAGAAGUGGACGUAGUACCUUACGUUCGACAAAUAUGUGAAGCGUUGCGUUAUUUACACGAGCGAAAGAUAGCACAUUUAGAUUUAAAGCCAGAGAAUAUAAUUUGCCUCAGUCCAAAUUCUAGACAAGUCAAGAUAAUAGAUUUUGGCUUAGCUCGAGUUCUAGAUGAAAGUCAUAUAACAAGAGCUAUUUACGGAACGAGAGACUACGUCGCACCAGAAGUUUUGAAUUUUGAACAGCUUACCCUGGCGUGUGACAUGUGGAGUUUGGGUGUCGUAACCUACAUGUUAUUAUCUGGAGUGAUGCCAUUCAGUGGUGAUAGUUGGCCGGAGCGAUCAGCAAAUAUAACAAUGGCGAAUUAUAAUUACCAUGAAUCAGCUUUCAAGGAAAUAUCCGACUUGGCAAAAGACUUCGUUGAUCACCUCCUCGUUUUACAACCUGAAAAGCGCAUGAAAGCAUCCGUAGCUCUAAACCAUCAAUGGAUUGUUGAAGGUCCUCCUGGAGGCGCAAGAGCCGGUCACAUGAAACGGGCUCAAGAAAAUUUAAAGUCGUAUCUGGCUAACCAUAGAGCAAGGUGGCAAAGAGCUGGGAAUGUAAUGAUUGCAGCGCAUCGUCUCCGGAGUUACGUGGGCGGGCAGCGGAACGUCAUAUCUGCUGAUCGAGAAUCACCUCGAGUGACUUAAAUUUUACAAUACUAAGCUGUAUCGAACCUUAGUUGUAAUACGUAACAUUCAGUUAAUGUUCUGUAGGCGGAAAAAUAAUAGCGGCCUUACUUUUAAACGUUGUUUAACGGGUGUUUAGUUAAAUAGUGAUUUGUCUCAAUUGUCCUCAUUGAUUUCACUUUCGAAAAAAAAACACAUGACAUUUUUUAACUAAUCUCCUCUUGAGUAAUAUUUAUAAAUAAAGUCGUAUACCUAUAAAAGCAAGGAUUAUUCCAUGAGAUAAAAAUACUUUAGUACUUCAAGACAAAAAGCAUUGACAUUGUAAGCUAAUGUGUGACCUUAAUAGGUCUUGAUCAGGUCAGCUCUAUGUUAAGUUUUAAAUGAAAGAUCUCCUCUCCACUUAGCAAUAAUUGAAAUUUAAUUUAAGAGAUCGUUAAUAAAAGCGUUAAUAAAGAAAGCUUUAUUGCGCGCAGUUAGUUAAAUAUAUCCAAAAACCGAAUUGAUAAAAUAAUGAAGGCGUGUGUGUAUGUGUAUUAUUUUUAUCACUGAAUAAAUGCUGCAAUAAAAUCAGGAACCUCACUUCAAGUAAAAAUUAUAUAAAAAAUAUCUUCAUUGGUGACGAAACAUUUGUCAAGCAUCCAUGUAUGGUAUAGUACUUCACAUUGAAAAGAAAAAU